AUCUCCAGGAACAGCUUCGGCCAGAGGAAGCAACCCUAGACUGCCCCUUUCCUUCUGCUCCUUCUGCCAAUUUGAUAUUUCUGUUGGGGAGAGAAUGGCUUCUUGGAAAGGGUAUUUGUGCGAAGAUGCUUGCAGGCCAGUGUGGCAUCCGCUCUCAAGUUCAGCAGACCCAGGGAAGGACCUCUUCAUUCAGCAGCAGGUCCCAUGUCUCAAGAGGAAGAAGCAGAAGAAGCACCACACACCAUUGAUAACACCUCUGGAAGGAGCAAAGGACAUGAGCUCAACGUACACAGAGGAGAGGCUGCUAUCCGAGGACCGGAGCCUGCUGCUCACUCUGCAGACCCUGGACAGGAAUAUCCACUAUCUUGCCUGGCAAAUGCAACGCCUCAGUCACUCGACGCGGCGCUCUGCCUCCAGCAGCUCGGCGGAGUCCGUCACCUCCAUCUGCAGCUGGACCCGCACCUCGGCAGGAGGAGGCAGCUCCCCCAGCCGGCCCAGAACGCCCCCCUCGCCAGCGCCCGGCUCCCCGGCAGAAGCAGCUCCCAGGAGGCCGGCGGCACCCCCGGCGACUAGGCCCCAGAAGGCGGCCCACCAGGGGCCCCCCGCUCACCACAAGGCGGACGUGGGCCUGUGCCAGAAACGUCAGCAGCCACGGAGGGGGGCCACAGCCCAGCGGGGGUGCCUGAGCCCCCCGGCUCCUUCCUCGCACCCACCAGCACCCCAAGGCACCCGCGCCCGCUGCCCGGGCGGCAGCAGCAGCAGACUCGGCUUCCUGGAUUACAAGAACCAAGAGCUGCUCGACUGGCACAUCCAGAGGAAACACCGGCACAAGGAAGCAGCCCCCUCCUCGUGCCUGGCCGCUGCAGCCCCCCCUUGCCCGGAGCCGAAGGCCCUGGUGUGCAGCGUCAGGUCUCCCCCAGGUGGGACGCCGCUGCCUUGGGUGAGCCAGCAGCCCCCUGCAGGGCAGAAGUCACGCAGCCACACACCCCCUCCAGCCGCCCUGCAGGGCCGGUGCUCGCCACCCAAGCCCCGCCCUGCCCCGAGCUCCCCAGAGCCCCUGGCCUGCCUCCCCUUGGCUGCCUCCGAAGACUCGCUGCUCGCCCCCCUCCUGGUCUGCAAGAACGAGAGCCCCAGCUGUGCCCAGGGGGGCCCGCCGGAAGGCAAGACGGGCGGGGUGGCGCCCAGCAAGGAGCUGGCCCAGAUCCUCAGCCUCUUAGGGCGAAGCAAGAGUCCGGUGCGGCCCGCCACCCCCAAGGAGCGAGAGAAGGGGGCCUGCAGCAGCAGCAGCGGGAGGCCCAGCACCCCCAAGGAGGGCCGCUGCAGCGCGGGGAGAGCCGGGAGCCCCAAGGCCAAGGGGGAGCCGCUGGAGGCGGCCAGCGUGCUGCCGGACCGGAAGGUGCGCAGGCUGAGCUGGGCCGACGCCAUGCCCGAAGCCCAGAGACCGUGCGGCGGGGCCCGGGAGCAGCCUGGCGCCGGCCACUGCCAGCCCAAGUUCCUGGAGCCCUCCUUCAUGUGCCAGAACCAGCUGGAGCUGCCCUGCCUGGCUGCGGCAGCCCAAGCGGAGCUGCCCCCCCAGGGCUGCCCCCCGCCAGCCAAGGCCCCCCGUGCAGGAGCCCCCAAGGCCCAGUGCCUGGCCCACUCCAUCGUGCAUUCCCUGGACCUGGAGCAAGCCCGGCAGCAGCUGCACCUGGUCCUGGCCAAGGGGCUGGAGAAGCGGGGCAGCCGGCCCAGCGUGGAGUACCCCGUGUGCCUGCUGUGCGGCCGCUGCACCCCCUACUGCCCCCACCACCCCCGCCGGCGGCACAGCCCCUGCCUGCUGGUCUACCCGCGGCUGAGCGUGCAGGCGGGCGAGGUGCGCAUGAACCUGGGCUUCCUCCUGAAGAUCAAGCGGUCCGAGGCCGAGGAGUGGGGGCUGGCGCAAGGCCUCCCGCUGCCUGAGGCGCGGCAGGGCAAAGAGCCGCCCCCCCGCAAGGAGAGGAGCCGCAGCAGGAGCCGGCGGAGAAGGGCUCGCGGCCGUGCCGCUGCUGGGCACCACCAGUCCCCCGCCCUGGAGCAGCCCCGGCAGCAGCGGCCCAUCGAAGGGGAGGAGCCGCGGAGCAGGGGCCGGCGGCGAAGCAGGGGCCGGGGGGGCGUCCGCAACAAGCGCCCCGCCACCCCCGCCCCAGCGGCAGCAGCAGCAGCCACCUCCCCACGCGCCCCCAAAACGAAGCCUCCCUACACACACCCGGGCAGUCCGCCCCCGCCCACAAGCGCCAAGCGAGCUGGGGAAGGCAAGCCCCUGCUGGGCAAGCAGGCCUCCUCCCUGCUGAAGCGGGUGCUGUCCUGCCUCAAGCACGUCUGGGCCAAGGUGCGCGGGGCCAAGGAGAAGGAGGGCGCCACCACCGCUUCCCCCAGCAAGGGGCGAGGGCAGCCCCCGCCCGCUGCGGCUCCUCCGCCGGCCUCCCCAGCCCCUGGUGGGCUCAAGAAGAAAGUGAGCAUUUUGCUGAAGAGGCAAGACUCCUCCCCUCUGGAGGUCACCACCAUGCCGGGGACCUCCCAGCAGCCGGGGACGCCAGCGCCCGGCUCCAAGAAGGGCUCCCCCAAGGCCCGCCGGAGACCCACCCUGCACUUCACAGAGGCCGAGCCUCUGUGGGGCCCCAAGAAAGAGGACGGGCGGCGGAAAAAGCCCGCUUCCCCGGGGACGCCCAAGAAGCCGCCUCGCCCCCCCUCCCCGGCCUGGUUAAAGAAGAGCCCCUCCUGGCAAAGCAGCCGCCGCGGCUCCAAAUCGAAAGGCUUCGACUAGGAAGCCCGGCCCGGCUGCCUUUGGGGCGCCCUCUCCGGCAGGCUCCCCCCACCCCUCCACCCGUAGCGCACAGCCGGCCUGUGUGGCCUCCUCCCUUCCCAGCUGCAAAUAAAUUGGCUGGACUUUUC